AUGCGGCAAGGGGGUUACCGAAAUCCAUUCGGUGGGCACCCCGCCCACCCUCACAAUCUAUGUGACGAAUUCUUAUCAUUUACAAAUCAAACACACACACUGACACACGCAGUUAAAACCGCCUAUCGUUCACUUGGCGAUUCAAUAUCCCGCCGGCAAUCGUUUCUUAUCUUGUCUUCUACAGCCAGGUAUUUUCUUUCACUAUUUACUCUGCUUUUACAACAUAGAUCAGUCGAUUAACUAGACACUCAUUCUUCAAUCCUGCACUAAUUACCUUACAAUAGCUUUGUGGGUGUUGAAAUUUCUGAAUUUAAUUGCUUAAUACAGUUCAUAUUUAGAAAGUAUAGAUGAAGAUGAAACCUGGAUUUAAGGGAUUAGUAUGUGGUCACAAAAAAGUCAACUUUGUCAAACUUUUAAAAACUAUGUUGUCCAUAGAUCUCGGGUUAACAUUACUAUGCAUUAUGCAUGACCCUUUGAAACCAAAAGAAUCAAAAGAAUCAAAAGCAAACUUUGUUCUUUAUCUUUUUUACACUAGGUGACCUGAGCAACUAGGGAUUAAACUCAGUUCUAUGACUUCGGAUGCUGGUAAUGAGAACUGCCUUGGGUGGGCAGCAAGGGAUCCGUCUGGAUUUCUAUCACCUUACAAGUUCAACCGCAGGGAUGUUGGUGCUGAUGAUGUUUCAAUUACCAUUACACACUGUGGUGUUUGUUAUGCGGACGUUGCUUGGACUCGAAAUGUACAAGGCCACUCCAAGUAUCCUUUAGUACCCGGUCACGAGAUUGUUGGAAUCGUCCAAAGUGCCGGUUCAAGCGUCCAACGGUUCAAAACCGGGGACCACAUUGGUGUAGGUACGUAUGUGAACUCUUGUAGAGAGUGCGGAAAUUGUGAAGAUGGGCUUGAAGUUCAGUGCUCAAAAGGGGCUGUAUUAACUUUUGACGGUAUUGACACCGACGGCACGGUAACUAAAGGCGGGUAUUCGUCUUACAUUGUCGUUCACGAAAGAUAUUGUUACAAAAUACCAGAAAACUACCCUUUAGCCUCUGCAGCUCCUUUGCUAUGUGCUGGAAUCACUGUUUGGACACCCAUGAUGAACCAUAAGAUGAACCAGCCCGGUAAAUCGCUAGGAGUUAUUGGGCUUGGUGGGCUUGGGCACAUGGCAGUUAAGUUUGGGAAGUCGUUUGGGCUAAAGGUGACGGUUUUCAGCACUAGUUUGUCAAAGAAAGAUGAAGCAUUAAAUCUUCUGAAAGCCGAUAACUUUGUCAUCUCGAGUAACAACGAGGAGAUGAAGGCGAUGGAGAAAUCACUAGACUUUAUAAUCAACACAGCUUCUGGGGAUAUCCCGUUUGAUCAGUAUUUGUCAUUCUUAAAAAGUGGCGGUGUACUAUCUUUGGUCGGGUUUCCAAGUGAAGUGAAGUUUCAUCCUGCAAGCCUGAAUCUAGGCAUGAAAAGUAUCUCUGGUAGUAUUACUGGUGGAACAAAACAGACACAGGAAAUGUUGGACUACUGUGCAAGCCAUGAGAUCUACCCGAACAUAGAGAUCGUCCCGAUCCAGUAUGCAAACGAGGCUCUUGAGAGGUUGAUCAAGAAAGAUGUCAAGUAUCGAUUUGUGAUCGAUAUUGCCAACUCACUCAAGUAAAUGUAGAUAUUACUGAAUAUACGAGGUUCGCUUCCCGAUACCCGUUACCUAUUCAUAGAAUAAUAUCAUGGAAAACUAUGUUGUGCAUGUGUAACAACAGCAUGGAGCCUUGAAUAUGUACCAAAUGAAUCUUUCUUUUUAACCAUGAGAACUUGUUACUUGAAAACGUUGGAUCUUAGUAUAGGUGAUGCCCCAAUAAAACGGAUUUUGGUUAUA